GAGCAGCGGUCCUCGCGCAGGCUUGGCCGCGCUGCCGUCCCUCUCCCGCUCGCCUUGCUCUUUCCUCCUCCGGAGCUUCUCCCGGAGCCGCGGCGCAGGAGGGAGACCGAGAUGGCAGAUGAGAUCGCCAAAGCUCAGGUCGCUCGGCCUGGUGGCGACACAAUCUUCGGGAAAAUCAUCCGCAAGGAAAUCCCAGCCAAAAUCAUUUUUGAGGAUGACCGGUGUCUCGCUUUUCAUGACAUCUCCCCUCAAGCACCAACACAUUUUCUGGUGAUACCUAAGAAACAUAUUUCCCAGAUUUCUGUAGCAGAAGAUGAUGAUGAAAGUCUUCUGGGACAUUUAAUGAUUGUUGGCAAGAAAUGUGCUGCUGAUCUGGGCCUGAGCAAGGGUUAUCGAAUGGUGGUGAAUGAAGGUUCAGAUGGGGGACAGUCUGUCUAUCAUGUUCAUCUCCAUGUUCUUGGAGGUCGGCAGAUGAAUUGGCCUCCUGGUUAAAAAUGCUUUGGGGAUAGUUUUCCCUUCUCUAGGCAGUGACCAGGUUUGCAUGUUUGAAUAUGUUAAAUGGAACAUUUGUUUUUGCCUGUGUAUGGAGGGAUUAAGGAAAUAAUUUUAAAACCCAUACAUAAUAAAAGACAUUGUUGCAUGGUU